AUGAACCAUUCACUCGCGGCAGGAGCCACCGUCGGGGCCCUUCCGCUUAGCAUCCCCACAGCCAGCCAACAUGCCGCCUUCUACCUCCAGCUCUUCGCCACCGCCUCAGUCCUGCUCCUCGCCGCGGUCUAUGCGCGCCGCGAGAAACUGUACCCGGCGCUGCCCGCCGCCUUUCUGCACGAGAAAAACGACUACGAAAAAGCGAAGCGGGACUGGACCACACGCGCCAGCGACGUUGUGUCCCAUGGAUUGAGAGCCUUCCAGAAGCCGUUCCAGGUUGUCAGUCCAGUCGGACUCAAGAUCGUCUUGCCCAACUCGUAUGCGAAUGAGAUCAAGAGCGACAGCAGGUUGAGCUUUGCGAAGUGGGCUUCGAAUGAGUUCUUGGGUCAUUUGAACGGAUUCGAGGGCUUCCACAACGUUCUGAACAACCCCGUCUUCGCCGAGACGGUCCGGACCAAGCUUACGCAGGCACUUGGCACCAUGACGGAAGAGCUGUGCGAUGAGAGCGAGCUGACGCUGCUGGACAAUCUUGGAGAGCCGCAAGAAUGGACCGGCCUCACUCUGAAGCCCUUCAUCCUUGAGUACAUCGCCCGCAUGUCCACGCGCGUCUUCCUCGGCGCCGAGCAGUGCCGCAACCGGGGGUGGCUCGACAUCUUCAUCGCCUUUACCGUCGAGGCGUUCAAGGCGAUACAGGAGCUGCGCAAGUACCCGCCGUGGCUGCGCCCGCUCGUCAACCUCUACCUGCCGGGCUCGCGCAAGGUGCGCGCCACCACGGCCAAAGCCCGCGCCCUGAUCGUCCCGGAAAUCGAGCGGCGCCGAGCCAAGGUGGCCGAGGCGGCGGCCCGCGGCGAGAAGACCAAAGGCAGAGAUACCAUUGCCUGGAUGGAGGAGGUGGCCAAGGGCCGCCCCUACGACCCCGUCCUUAACCAGCUAAUCUUCUCCGUCGUCGCCCUGCACACCACGGGCGACCUGCUCACCCACGCCAUCUUCGACCUCGUCACCCACCCAGACGUCAUGGACGACCUGCGUGACGAGGUGCGCCAGGUGCUGAAGGAGGACGGCUGGAAGAAGACGAGCCUGUACAAGAUGAAGCUGAUGGACAGCUUCCUGAAGGAGUCGCAGCGCCUGCACCCUCCCACCCUGCUCACCCUCAACCGCGUCGCCGAAUCCGCCCUCACCCUCAGCGACGGCACGCACAUACCCAAAGACGCCGUCCUCUGCGUCUCCAUGGAAAACCUCUCGGACCCCGCCCUCUACCCGGACCCCGCCGCCUUCGACGCGCGCCGCUUCCUGCGUCUGCGCGAGCGGCCCGGCCAGGAAAACGGCUGGCAGUUCGUGACGACGAGCCCGGAGCACCUCGGCUUCGGCCACGGCACCCACGCCUGCCCGGGCCGCUUCUUCGCCUCCAACGAGGCCAAGGUCGCGCUCGCCUACCUUUUGCUGAUGUACGACUUGAAGCUGCCCGACGGCGUGACGGAGAGGCCGCCGACGCUGAAGAGCUCGGCCGAGCUGUUUGCCGAUCCGACGGCGAGGAUUGACUUCCGGAGGAGGGCGGAGAGCGUACCGAGGUAG